AUGGCUUCUAGUGGUUUUACAGCACCUUUGCCUUCAGUAUUUAUAGAAGAAAACUAUGACUUCUGGUCUGCGAAGAUGAAAGCAUAUUUGAAGGCAUACGACCUCUGGGAGAUCACAGAAACUAGGGCUGAACCUCCACCAUUGAGAGUAAAUCCCACCAUUGCACAACUGAAGCAACAUAGUGAAGAAAUUGCUAAGAAGUUUAAGGCUCUUUCCUGUAUCCAAUCAGCUGUCUCAGAUGCUAUCUUCAUUAGGAUUAUAACCUGCAAAACAGCAAAUGAAGCUUGUGAAAAUUUAAAGGAGAAAUUUCGGGGCAAUGAGUGA